CAGACUAUCCGGUACGCGCCUACGGUACGGUAGUACCGGUGUAACGUAUCGGAUCGGAUUGUCCGGGUCAAAGGUAAACAUUUAGGAUAACCAGAUUGGGGGAAUUUGCCCAGGAAAGGAAGGAUGUAACGUAUCUUAAUACCUAAUUCCAGCAUUAUAAACCAGUAGAUAAACAGCUAUUCCGGGUCUUUUGAUCUUGAAGUUUCAUUUGGAAGCUCGAAUUCCUAUUUUUGGCGAACAAUAAAGAUGGCAGAUCACGACGAAAUUGUGGCAGCUGUUCACCAUAACCUCAACAAACUCGACGCCGAUCCAGCGCUGGAGUCCAAUAGGAUCUUGCGGAUUCUUAAAAGGCUGGAUAGUCUACCAAUUACAGUAAGAGUUUUACAGGAAACGGGAGUUGGCAAAGCUGUGAACAAGUUGCGGAAACGAGGAGGAGAGAUUACCGAAGCUGUGAAACAAUUAGUGCAAAGUUGGAAGGAAUUGGUGAGAGUAGCGAUGGAAGCAGAAGAGAAAACCCAAGCUUCUCCGGAACGUGACCCGUCGCCCUCUCCACAGUCUGGGACAUCAGAUGAGGAAUCGGGGGAUGAAAGCGAGGAAUCGGAUGAUAGUAGUAGUUCCAGUGAAUCAGAGGAUGAGAUAGAGAGAAAUGAUUAUAGUCCUGAACCAAGCUCACCCUGUGACAGCUUCCCUUCCUCGCCUACAUCUCCUCAACCUAUCAGGGACUCCAAAUCGAAGCCCUCUUCAAAUCAAUAUCUUUUGAAGGACAGAGAUUCUAGAACUGGGAAAGAACAGGUACCAUCAAAAAGGUCUCGUGAACCCUCUCCAAGUCGAUGCCAAGACUUGCCAAAGACAUCCUCAAGUACAACUCCGUCAUCUCAUAUCAAGAAAAGGAGGACAGAGGAGAGGCAUCCGUCGGAUACUAGAGACACUUCUAAGGUCGUGAAAAAGAAACCACCGGAGGACGAUAGUUUCUCUCAAGCGUUGUUUCCAAGCCCUAGCAGGGUUGGAAGUUCAUCUGCGAGUUCUCUGACCAAGAGUCCGGUCCAAAAACAGAAACACCGGGAAGGAGAUCAAACUGGCUCCCCUUCUAAGCUAACCAAACUUGGGAAGACCAUUACACCAUCAUCAUCAUCAGGAAAUACAAAUAUCAGUGAGAAGAAUUUGAAAGUAAACACUCAAAAGAAGAGUAAUCCAAAUAGCGAUCAAGGGAAAACAAAAGCUAAAGCAUCAGAUUUAAGGGUUAUAAGCACUUCUGUGAAAGAGUCAGAAUCAAGUUUUCUAGACAUGGUGGAUGAUGUAGAUGAUUCUUUUAUGAACCACAAGAGUACUAGUAGCAGAACAAACAAAGUCUCAUCACAAGCAAAGACCACAUCCGUGUCUAAGCCAUCAAUGUCAGCUUCUCCAUCGACCAAAACAUCUUCUCAGAAGAAACCAGGAAGUGCCUCUCUUAAAACCCCAACAGGGUUUUCUGAAUCAUCAAGAACUGCUGAAAAAUCUGCUCAAAAUGAGCACGGUAGAAUAGCCUCUAAAUCACCCAAAAAUACCAAGACUUUGCCAUCUUCUAACAAAGUGUCGAGUAAGUCAGAGUCCAGUAAAACAAGUAUAAAAUCAAAUGACGACUCUGAAUCAAAGUCGAUUUCCAAGAAAAACCCUGCUCCGAAAGUAAAGAGGAAGCUUUCCUCUGGAGAGCGUAGGAUUAGCGAAGGCGAUAAAACCUUCGUCAACACUGGCUUGUCAUUUGGAGACAUCCUUAUGUGUCCAGUGCCUACCUCAAACAAAGUAAAGAAACCUGGAAAGCCGUUGAACACUGGUGCAACAGAUUCCAGUAAGAAAUCGUCAAUGUCUUCCUCAUCAAAGAAACCAUCAUCCAAACAAUCCUCGUCAUCACAUGCUAGGGAUUCUGCAUCAUCAAAGCAUGUCUCUCAGAAGACUCAGAAGGAGGGUAAAUCAGCAAGCACUUCUGGAAGCGGAAGCAAGAAAGUAUCCUCCAAUGAUGAAAGAAGUAAGAGAUGGACGCAGGUGAGCGAUCCAAUGUCAUCAAUGCAAAAGCUUGAGGAUAUACAUCAGGAAAUCACUUUCAACUUACCAGAGAUCUCUGCUGAUUACAAGCCUCUCAGGUUACCAGAGGUGUCACCCAAGAAGAAAGUUGGAGGUGUGGGUGAGGAAGGAUCUUACAUUGGGUCAAAGCACCAAAGGACCAAACUCUAUUCGGGACGAGCAAGACAAACAGUAUCAAGUGUCCCUACUCUCUUUGAUGCGUGCAUGAGAAUUCUGAUGGAUAAUAUUGACUCUCUGUAUGUGAUUGGUGUGCCGUACUUCAUCAUCAAACCUGUUCUAGAAAAGUGUACUCCCCAGCAGCUUCUCCAGUUAGAGGACUAUAAUCAAUAUCUGAUAGAAGAUACCGAUGAUCUUUGGAAAUCACAUGCAGAGAAAGACUUCAGGAAAUACAAGCCUCUGGAAAUGGAAACCUGGAGGGAGCUCUACUUGAGGAGAAUGGAUGAAAGAGAAGAGAAGCUAAAGAGUCUUACUGCUAACAUCAGUGCAUCUAUGGCUAAGAGCAAAGAUCAAGAACGUUUAACCAAGAUGGCUUUUGUGAACGGUCCAGCCAAGCCCCCGCGGAACAUCAAGCGCCAGCAGGCCCGCCACGGGACCGGUCGCAUCACCUCCAACCCCCCAAGCAACCCUCACAAGCCCUACGUUCCUUCCAAGCAUGCCGGAGACCAGGGCCCCAUCAGGAGCAGCAGUACCAGCACCAUCAAGAGCGGGGAUCAUUCGCCUGGGCGGAGUCACUCCGGAGGGGGUGGUGGUGGUGGUAGUAGUGGUGAUGGUGGUGGUGGUAGCAGAGGUGCCCGAGAGAACCCAUCUUAUGAAAGCAUCAGCUUGAGUGGUUGCAAUGGUAGCACCAGCAACAGAGGGAGAGCCAAGCCCAAGGCGCCUAUGAUGCAGAAAGCUCUCAGGAUGAAGAAGAUGUUCCGGAGAUGAAGCCCACCAUAUAUCCUCUUUAUUCACUGAUAUCAUCUUGCCUUUAUACCAGCAUUACACAGAAAGCCAUAUAGGAAAUAUUCCUUGAAACAAGUUUCAUUUGCUGUUAGCCAAAACCUGUUGUUCCCAGGGCAGACAUGUAUGUUUGAGGUUAAGCUUCAUGCAAAUAUCCUUGGGUGGUAUUUGAUUUUGAACAGUGUUAAAAAUUGGCAACAUUUUACGUUUUUAUUUCUUUAUAAUGCAAGCUAGAUAAUGAAAGAAAGAUUAUUGUUUAUUAUACAUGAGUCAUAAAAUCUCAUAUUGCUUUAUUCCUCCGAUUAAAUUUUUUUUUUUUUUGGGGGGGGGUGAAACUUUCUUCAUAUCAAGUAGCAUAAACAUUAAUCUUGUCUUUGUAAAUUCUCUUAUUGUGGUCAUGAAACAUUCAGAGCAAGACAAUUACCUUUUUGGCAUAUUCCAUACAAACUUAUAACACUACCUAUCAUGCUUUAUCUCUUAUGUCUGGAAUAUGAAUUGCAGAGCUGCUAUCUUUUCUUUUCUACCACUGUGUGUGAUUUAUAUUUUUUACAGAUGUGUAUCAAUCAAAUAUGAUUGUUCACCUCUUUGACCGACAUUUAACGUCGCCAUCCAAAAAUAUGUGACCGGGGCUCAAACCGCUGCGUUAACUUGUAAAUUCCAUGUGUAACUUGAUUGCAGGGAAUGCCACAAUGCCCAGUUACCUUUGAAAGACAUACUGUACAAUAAUACAUAGAGAAAGACAGGUAUAUGAAAGUAAGAACAAACAAUUGUUUUCAGAAUCUAGGUUUGCGAUUAUACCAAGGUGCCAAUUUUCAGACUUAAGUCUGAAUAAUUUAGACUUCAUUUUCAGCUAUAGAAAGCAUGUUUUGUGCACAGAAUGGCUCAAUUAAAUUCAAUUUAAUUUUAUCAAAUUUAUUUAUCAUACAUAUCAUUUAUCACAUCAUAUAUAAAUCGUAAAAUGUGAGGAUAACACACCGUAGGAAAGCCGGCUCAUUCUUGGUGAUUUUCAGACUUUUUUUAUCAAUUCUUAUCCCAGAUUGUAACAAUCCAAAUUUCUGUCAUGAGCAAGCCGACAAUGUAUGACUGUUGAAUAGUAUAUAUUUUUUGUAUAUAUCUAUGAAGAGUGAUAUAAAAAAAAAUGUAUAUAUGGAGAUGUUUAUCUAGUAUUGGUACAAUACUAAGUGCAAAUAUCAAGGUGUAUGUGUUCAUACAGUACUUACUAUCAAAAUUUGUUGUGUAAAUGCCUUAGGAAUGCUUUAAAAUAUACCCUCUUGUUCCAAUGGAAUUUACAUACUGUGUUGCUUUCUCAUAGAUUACAUUGAUAUGAAAGAGGAUUCUUUUGAUUAUUUGUUGCAGAAAAGUCUGAAAUGUCAAGUUCAAGCUAUUUUGCAGUGCACAUCUUACGAUUUUCAUUUUAGUUUAUUUAAAAAUGUUAAUAUCAGAGAACUGGAAUAUAAUGAUAAUAUGUUUUUACAACUCCACAAUUAUUAAUUUUAUAAUUUGUAGAAUUAAGGACAUGCCUUGUAAAUUCCAAGAAAUUAUGAAUUUGAUAUUUUAAAAGAAUAUACCCUGAAAGGGUGUUGUGGGAUGUAGUGAUGCUGAAACUUACAUGCAAAUUCUAGUUGUAACAGCAAUCAUGGAAUUGAUUAGAAUAUAAUCCUAGUAAAUGACUAACCAAGUGUUUGUAUGAAUGAAUUAAUGAAAUAGUAUUUGCCAAGUGUUCCAGGAGAAAGAAUAAUUGCUGAGAAAUUUUCAAAAUAAGCAUGGUAGACAGAUCUUUUCUCAAGUAGUUAAAAUACACGCGCCCACACAUGCUGAUCUGUGUUGGUGAUUUUCAUCAUACUCGGGUCUUAGUAUCGAUUCUAUUGUUUCACAGAUAUUAGUGUUAGUAAACUACAUCAGAACUUUAUGGAUAAGGGCCCUUUAGCACAAAAGGUUAGCGAUUGAUCGUGGGGCAGAUUUCUACGAUUGAUUGCAUUGGUUAUUGUGUAUGAUCAAUCGUAAGAAUCGGCUCCAACGUCAAUCACAAAGCUUUAUGUCAAAGGGCUCUGUAUCUAAGAUGGUGUGGUUGCAAUCAAACAUGAUUUUGAAGUCUCUCUCUCAAUAUCAUCACUCACUGUGAUUGCUUGGUUUGCUCAAAAAUGUAAUUGUUACAUGUGUGGGCUGGCAUAGGAUGACACAAUUACCAUGGGACACAUGAAAAACAUAUCACUGUAAAUAUCUGUGAAGAAAUUGAUAUUCUGAAUUUACAGCAAAAAGUGUUGUUUAUUGCCAGAUUAGUUUACGUUCAAUUUAUCCUCAUUUUUUUUUUUUAAGGGAGAGUGAUGUGCUCCUAUCUUACAUCAUUGAUCUGGCAGGUGUUGCAUAAAGCUGUUCGUAAGAUACGAAUGACUUUACGCAUGACUGGUGAUCCUUUCUUGUGCUACGUGAUAUCCCUAUAUAAUUGAGUUAUGACCUAAGAACAUAUUCCAGUCGUGCGUGAAGUCGUUCGUAUCUUUACAAACAGCUUUAUGAAACACCCUCCAGGACUUCUUGUACUUACUAUAAUUUUUUAAAAAUCUCAAACCUUUCAUUUUGAUGGACUGAAUGUAUAAAAAUGUCUGCAUGAUAUGUAUGACAGCUAAAUGAUCAAUAUAAGUGCCGGUAGUGAGCAACAAUUUUUAUUAUGACAUUGAUAAUGAGAUGAAUAUCAUGAUCUUAAGAGUUUACUCGAUCUUCAUUUUUAGCCUUAAAAUUUUUUAUGGACUUGAAAAAAAUUUCUCCAUUAUAUGUUUAGCUGCUAAGUAGUAAAUAACCAAUUAAUAUGAUAAGAUGAAUUCAGAGUAGUGCAGACACUAUAUUGAUUGGAUUACGAUGUCUAGGAUUUCUUAAAAUUCAAAAUGAUGAAGUGUUAUUUUAGAGUGCCUAUGAAAGAAAUGUCUUCCCAAAUUGGUUUCUUUUGUUCUUCAAAUGAAGUUCAGUGUGUUUUCUAACGAUUUGGUUUAUGAAAUGCGAUCAGGGUCCCGUAAUACAAAAGUUAGCAAUUACUUGUACGCUUGGUUAAUUAUAUAUUGUAGUUGAUGCAGUCAAUCGUAAAGAAAUAUUCUAUGAUGAUUGCUAAGUUUUAUGUUAAUAUGGGCACCUGAGAUGAGGUACAGAUGAAUGAAUACUGCACCCCCAAAAGAAUAUUGAUGAAACAGAAUAUCUAAAUAAUGAUUAAGUUGUGGAAUAUUCAAGCAUUUUACAAUUUUAAUAUUACACGCAACAUUACUUGGUGUGACUCAAUAUCAUUGCUGUAAAUUAUAAUAUUUUGUACGCGCUUAAAAAAAAUGCUUGCCUUGCUUGUUUGUUCAAAUAUUUGUAGCUUUUCUUUUCCAUCUUCACAGAGAUCUAAAGUGUACUGUGUUUUAACUUCAAUUUUCUGUCCUCACAAUGCUUGAGUUAUCCUUUUCUUUCCUCGUGUUUUUGUUUGCAUUCGAAUAUCAGCAUAGUGGACAUAUAGUUUCUUUUUCAUGUGCUGUUUUCAUUUUGUUGGAAUUUGAAAAAAUAUGUCAAUAUUAUUAUCGUGAUAAAAAGUAAUAUUUACUUUACCCGCAUCAAAUGUAUUUAAAAUGUGCUUGAAAAGCUGAAAUGCAUCAUAAGAAAUUUGAUUCAUGAAAAUGGGGAUGUGCAUUCAGAAAAUGUUUAUUAUAUUUUCCUCUUUUUUUUCUUCAUCUUAAUGGUUUAUAUAUGUAUUAAAAUUCAUGUAAAUGAGAAAAUGUGUGAAAUUCUAGAAAAGCCUUUAUCAUUGUAUCAUUAAGUAUCAGAAGAAACAAUGCGACAGCAAAAUAUUUCUCUAUUUAUUCAAGUUGUUCGUAUUAAGUAAUAGUAAGGGUAAUAAUCAGGUGUAAACGUGCUGAAGUAAUGUACUUACAUUUGCGUUUGAAUAUGAAUUUGAAGGUUAGUGGUUGAAAUUAUCAUUUAAAUGCAAAGGUUUACAUUGAUUUGA